UGCGGGUGAGAAAUAUGAAAUAAAUAUAUUUUAAUCUCCAAAAUCAAUUCAUAAGUGUUCGUAACACAAACCGAGUGUGAAGUAGGUUGUGUUCCGUCUGUCAGCAGCACUACGCGCUGUUCUGGCCGCCAGCUCAGUUGCCAUUAGCACGUAGUGCAGGAAGGAUGGCGCGCCGAAUGUAACUAACUAACAAACAGUCUCGUCAGUGGCAAUAGCGAACACUAUGGUGACGGUGUGCCGUGUAUCGAAUGUGAAUACGUAACAGUUCCGACAAGUGCUGUGGAAUAACGCUACAACGAAGAUAUCUUCCCAAAACAUUCGUCUGCAAUUUAAUUUUCCUGUUUCUUAGCGAAUAAUUAGCUAAAAAUGACUCCAAAAAAGGAAUAUGCACACCUCAUAAUAUCCACAGCUGUACUGCUUCAUCUAGUGUCAGGUGCGAUGGCUCUCAGGUGUUAUCGGUGCUUCAUUCACCCGCAAUCGCCCAAAAUUAACGAGAGUGCUCAGCUGUGUUCUCACUUCAAUGCUUCAUCUCUCUACGAAACUGAAUGCAACUACUCCACAUUUUGCAUGAAGAGAACAUUUGAAUUACCUCUACAAAAAGGAAAAACCGUGCGAGGAGUUCUUCGUGACUGCGCUCCACAACAAAAUAGCUACCAGUCAUACGACGGAACACAAUGGAAAAUGAAGACUGUAAUUGAAGAAACAGUUUACGCUGAAGGGUGUCACCCCAGUGAACCCCAGGGCGUCAAGACACCAUCAACCGAGUACUGUUACUGUAGUGGGAAUCUGUGUAACGGAGCCAAACCUUCCCACGAAACCUCCUACCACCACACAGACGCCAUGGCAGUCAUAUUUGUAUUUAAUGCUAUGAAAUAUAUACGGAGUCUAAGAUAGUUAAAGCAAUCUACGAAAAUUUGGACAAUAAUGUGAAGUACCGAACCACGAGAAAGGGAAUUACGUGCUUCGAAAUAUACCCAAAGCAGAUAUACAGGAGAAAAUUAAAGAACAUGCAGGCAGGCCUAUGUGCUGCAUCCACAGAUAAGACAAUCAACAAAAGAAAGAUAAUUAUUUCAAUGGAAAAAGAUGCAGUCCUUGUGCAAUUACCACUGCUUUAAACUUUUCGUGUAUUACAGAACACACAGGCUGUAAAUGCGGAUCAGGUCGUAUCAAGUCACACAUAGUUAAAGUAGCCAUCAUGAAAUUUGAUAUUUCAAGGGUACAGAAGAGUAAGUUCUGAAGGUUUCAUUAGAUUUGAACAAUUUGGAGACUCCUCACUUCAACCUGCUGUAACAUUUUCAUUUGUAACGGGUUCAAUAAGAUAUUACCACUACGUUUCUUGGUUCUUUAUCACUACAAUGCAGCACCGUAAAGAAAUGAUAAAGAGGGUGCAUGACCUUGAAACAUCAAACUUUGUGAUGGCCACUAUGAUUGCCUUCUACUUAAAAAUAACUAAACAUAUUGAACUUUCUUGCUCUAACUCUGGCGAAAUUACAUAUUAUAGGUCGGGGCCUCAACCAAAGUACUGUGAUACUCUCCUCAAUCCCUUUAAAAGCAGAAUGCACAACUGAUAUUCAGAAGAAGAAGAAAAAAAAAAGCUGACACACUAUUUCAACAUUUUGGUAAAAAAAUUAUAAAACUGGUUCUUUGCUUCUCACAGUGGAUACAAAAAAUAAAUGGCCUGAAUUUUUUAAAGUGCCUUUAAUGUUAACAAGAUUCCUGAAAAACUGUUCAGACUUUCUCUUUUCUCCUAUGACUUCAGGAAAUUCCAGUAAUGUGGAAACAAAUAUCUGACAAACAUUUUUUCACAUUCCUGAAAAUUAUGUAUAUUAUGACCUGUAUUCACAUAUGAACGCAUUUGUAACGGUAUAAACUUUGAGUUCUUCAAAAUGCAAAAGAACAACAUGAUCAACAGCAAUUUAAAGACAAUCAACAGAUGCAACAUCUGACAAAUACAUUGCCACUACGCUUAGUUCAUCCCUUAAGUACUGCCAUUUGAAUUUAUAGACACAUUCCAGCAUUUCUGCCAUUGCCGAAAUUUGUUUACCAAAUGUACUUUUCGUUGAAUUGCUCUAAAUGCCUUCAAGAAAUUCAAAAUGACAACAUCUGAUUACAUUUUUAGUUUCAUGAAUAUGAAAAGUCAGAAAAAGACAAAUUGGGUGAACUUAGUGGAUGUCCCAACAACAGAAUUUAUAUCUUCAUCAAAAAUCAAUUCACUGAUAUAUAUCCUCUCUCUCUCUCUCUUUUUUUUGCCCCCUGUCGUCCACUUUGCCAAAGGCCUGCACGGGAGAGGGCAUUAUCAUUCUGGAAUAUCCACUUAUCCAGCUAAAGAUUUGGUGUAUUUCUUGCACAUCUAUCACUACACACAUUCCAGAAUCUAUAAUUAGGAACAACUCUGUUUACUUUGAAUGAUGUCAAAUAAAGAAAUCCUGCAGCUUAA